GAUAUCUGGCAGUACUAUCUGAAUCUGACGGAAGCCAACGAGAAACAAAGGUCCGACUGGAAGCUGGAAUACAUCAUGACCCGAGCCUUUGGGCUGCCUGACCUGCAGCCGCAGAGUCUCCUCCAGCUGGGCCUGAGCUUCCUGCUGCCGCAAACCCCAACCUUCCACCGAUACUUCACCCACUUCAUGGUCAGCUAUGACAGCAGGAUCACCUGCGAGGGGCGCUGUAAGGUCCGGCAGGUGUGCGCCGUGCUCUACCUGGACCAGGAGUCGUACUCCAAAUGUGCAGGAAGUUGGUAGCAGAGAUUUACUCAGGAGACUUGAUUUUAUUUCUUAAGAUGUGUAUUUUUUUAAUUUUCAGGAAUCACACAAAAGGGAUUUUU